CAGUUCCAAUCCGAGAUGCCCACCGACAUCCAAGCGCUCAAGGGCACGAUCGAAGCGGCGAUCGAAGAGCUCGUGCGCCUCGCCGACACCAAGAUCAACUGGACCAACGGCGCCGGGAAAGGCUACAUCUUCCUUCCAGGCGUCUACCAGUGGCACGCCGAUAAGGCUGAGGUCGCUCCGCCCGUUGAAGCGCCGCCGACAGAAACGCUCGCGCCGUCCGAGCCACCGCAACUCGUCGAGGUUGAAGCCACCGAUGGGGCCGUCGUACCCGACGUGCCCGCGUCCGAGCCCGUCGUCGUCACCGACCAGGCGCCCGAGGCCGCCGCCGAGUCACCGCCAAAGGAGCAGCCACCGGCGCCGAUCGUGGACGACGAGAAGCGGUUGGACCGGGAGCUCGCGCAGGUCGCGGCCUUCCUCAUGAACGACGACGACAUCGUCUCGAUGAGCUUUACGCUGACGCUCCACGGCGACAACACGUUCGAGUACCUCUGGAAACAGAAGCGCGCGGGCGCUCGCCCCAUGGAGCACAAGGUCGAGCUCUACGGCUCGUGGUCCAAACCGGUUCUAAACCGCGACCGGUACGGCGAGCGCGAUUCGCGCCUCUUCCUGGACACGCACCGCGCCCGGUUCACCCGGCUCGCCAACUAUGAUGCAACGACUGGCGUCUGGCGGCAGACGCUCCGGACGCUCACGCGCAACGGCGAAGACUACGUUGUCUGCGGCCAAAAUGACCGCGGUCUUCCGCCGAUCCGGCUCGUGUUUACCGUCCUUGACGGCAACAUCCUCGAGAGCAACGGGCUGGCGUUCCCGCAUGACAUUGUGUCCAACUCGAUCUCGAGUCGGAUCCUCUCGGGCUUGACGAAGAAAGCCGCCAACAAGCUUGGGACGCCGCUGGACGUCAUGACAGACCGGUGGCUGCCCUGCCGCAAGCUCUGCCUCAAGCAGCUCCCUUACAAUGGCGUCGUCACGCCCUUCAACCCGCUCGUCGCGCUGGCCGAGAUCCUCCACACGCGCGGCGAAGCCGCCAACCCAGGGUCUUGUCUUCUCGAGCGCAAGCCCAGCACGACGGUACUUUAAGGUCGGUAGCUAGUAGUCGGGGGUGGCGCACGAGUCGCGGCGCCACGGACGCUUCUUGAACACGACGUCUUCCAUGAAAUCCC